GUUCAGUUUUGCUUGGGCUAUAUUACUGAAGAGGGACUGGGAGGAGACACUAGCGAGGCGAGAGGUACUGAAGGCAAGAUGUGGCCGUGUCGUGUCCUACUGGUGGUGGCGGUGCUGGUGGUGCAGGGGCGUCUUCCUCCUGCUGCUCUUGGAUUCCCACAAGGACGUGACGACGAUGCUGGGCCGAUGACGAACGUUGCCCUGCGGAAUGGUGACGACGGUGGUGAUGGUGAUGAUGACCCCAGCGACUCCUCUGAUGAAGAUGGCAGUAGUGAUGAUGACAGUGAUGAGUCCAGUGGUAGUAACUCCAGUGGAUGUUGUGGUGAUAGUAGUGAUAGUGAUGAUGGUGAUAUGAUGAGGGAUGGUGAUGAUAGUGAUGAAUCCAGUGGUAGUAACUCUAGUGGAUGUUGUGGUGAUAGUAGUGAUAGUGAUGAUGGUGAUAUGAUGAGAAAUGGUGAUGAUAGUGAUGAAUCCAGUGGUAGUAACUCUAGUGGAUGUUGUGGUGAUAGUAGUGAUAGUGAUGAUGGUGAUAUGAUGAGGGAUGGUGAUGAUAGUGACGAGUCCAGUGGUAGUUAUUCCGGAAGUUGUGACAGUUCCAGCUCCUCUGAAGAAUAUGAUGAUGAUGAUGGUGAUAAAGGUGAUGAUAGUAGUGAUGAUAGUGGCAAUUCCUCCUCUGAAGAAUCAAAUAGUAGUGGUGAUAGUGAAAGCUCCUCCUCCGAAGAAUUUAAUGAUGGUGAUGAUACUGGUGAUGAUGAUGAUAGUAACAGUAGUAGUAGUAGUUCUGGUGAUACUUGUGAAUAUACCUGUAGUGAUGAUGAAUCCUGCUCAUAUUCCUGCCCUGACUCCUACUAUGAUGGUGAUGAUGGUGAUGUGUUGAAUAUCAUUGAUGCUGCUGUUGUUGAGGAUGAUGAUGGUGAUGAUGGUGGUGAUAAUUCAACGAGUAGUGGUGAUUCCUCGUGUAGUGGUGAGUCUUGUGAUGAAUCUGAUAGUGACUCCUGUAGUGGUGACUCGUGUGAUGAUGACUUGGGUGAUGACGAUGUUGAUGAUGCUUGUAGUAAAGAUUCUUGUUCAUGCAGUGGUGACUCCUGUGAUGUGAUGAAUGAUGACAAUGACGAUUCUUGUAGUGACGGUUCUUGUAAUGAUGACGAUGAUCAUGACGAUGAAGGCUAUAAUACUGUCAACGAUUCCUGUUUUGGCGAUUCUUGCGACGAGGAAGAUGAUAACGACCUGAAUGAUGAAUCCUGUGCCGAUGGAUCCUGUGACGAUGAUACCUUGGGGGACGAGGAGACACGUCGCCACCUGGAGGCCAAGAGAGUGGCGGCAGCAGUUCGAGGAGACGAAAACCCUAUGUUUAAAAGGGACACGGAUUUCGUCGUCUGGCUCGUGACCACAACUGACGACGAGGAAGAAGGGAAGGGAGGAAGGACUGGCGUUGAACAUCCUCGCAGGAAUAUUAACCCACGGGACUGUGAUGCUGAGUAGAUGUUCUUAAUGUCAACAAUAUAAAAACAUCGUUAUCUCGUUACUGUAACCAAGAAAGAAAACCAUGAAGAAAGGAAGUGAUAGAGGAGAGAGGAAGGAAGGGAAAACAUGAGGAAAAAAAAGCUAAGACACUUAAUGCCCUUUGUGAUCCAGUAGUCUAAGGGCUUUGUGCUCGCAUCAGGACCAAGACACUUCUCAUUUUUGGACUUGGCUUUAAAUUGUUUCCUCUGCGGUCUGGUAUCUUUAAAUUGAUGAGUAAAUGUCCUUUAUUCGUGUUUCAGUGCUAUAAGGCUUCGUUCUCUCAUCAGGAUUGUAACCAAAACAUUUUUGUUUUGACAUUUUUUGUGGACUUACCUUUAAACUGUCUUCUCCAGCGCUCAAGGGUCUCAGAUCUUUAAAUUGCUGAGUAAAUGUUCUAAAUAUCCUUUUUGAUCCAAUGGUCCGUUGAAAGACUUCGUUCUCUCAUCACUAUAAUCAAUACACUUCCCAAGGUUAUUUUGGACUAUUUUAUUUAUUUAUUUAUUUGUUUUUUUUGUGUGUAAGAGACUCCACACACUCCUUGUCUCUCCUCUUGACAUGUCUAAAGCAAUUCAAUGAAAGAUGAUAAUGACAUGGUAUCUCUCAAUGCUACAUAACGUUUUUCUAGUCAUAAUCUCUCGUCAGGCUCUAAAUGACUACCUAAUCAUAUCUUAGUGCUGAUUGUUGAUUGCUGAUUGUAAACAUAUUAUCGCAGAUAUUGUUUUCUUCACGUGUGUUACUUUUUUUUUUUUUUUUUUAGUUUUCGACGCUGCCUCAGUGAAGGGAAUGAAGAAUGUACACUGCUUAAAAAAAAAAAGAAAAAAAAAGAUGUAAUGAAG